ACCGGCAUCCCCGGAGCCUCUCCGCCGCCCCGCGGGGGCCGGGAGCCCGGCACCGGCACCCGUGCAGUCCCCGUUGUCGUCGUCCCCCCCCCCGCCCCGCUCCCGCCGCUGCCGCCUCCUCCUUCCCUCCCUCGCCCGCCCGCCCGCCGCGCCCCCGGGGCGGUGUUUUUGGCCGCGGCCGGGUCGUACGGCGCUUUCCCGUCGGAGCGGGCGGGCUGUUUUGAUUUAUCGAUGCCUGGCCGGGCUGCUCAUCGACCGGCGCGGGCGGGGAAGGGAUGCGGCGUCCCUGCGGGAGCCGGGAAAGCGAAACCCUCGCCGGCUUCGCGCCGCGGGUGAGCGUGGAGCCGCGGUGGGAAGCGGCUCUGACGGCGGCGGGGACCGCUUCGUCCUCGUCCCGGCGGUGCCUGUAACCUUUGGAUGUGGCACCACACUGUACAUGCCAUUUGGCUUCGGGAUCAGAACGCACCAUGGGACAACCUCAAAGAUAUCUCUCCAGACGGGGUCUCUUACUUGGGUGAUGUGUCUGCUCUCCUGACUGUCUUCAUACCCAAAGGAUUUAUUUUCCUUUUGGAAAUAUUUGAAGUUGAAAUCUUGUUCCUUACUGGAAAUUGUCUACACUAAAGACUGCACACAUCAUGGGUGAUAUGGCAAACAACUCGGUUGCAUAUAGUGGCGUAAAAAACGCCGUAAAAGAAGCUAAUCAUGGAGAUUUUGGAGUUACUCUUGCAGAGCUCCGUUCUCUUAUGGAACUUCGAGCUACAGAUGCACUGCAUAAAAUACAGGAAUGCUAUGGAGAUGUACAUGGCAUCUGUACAAAAUUGAAAACUUCACCAAAUGAAGGUUUAAGUGGAAAUCCAGCAGAUAUAGAAAGGAGAGAAGCAGUUUUUGGGAAGAACUUUAUACCUCCUAAAAAGCCAAAAACAUUUCUUCAGUUAGUAUGGGAAGCACUGCAGGACGUUACACUAAUUAUAUUAGAAAUUGCAGCCGUAGUAUCCUUGGGCCUUUCUUUUUACCAGCCUCCAGGAGGAAAUGAAUCAUUAUGUGGAUCAGUAAAUGUUGGUGAAGAAGAGGAGGAAUCUGAAGCAGGUUGGAUUGAAGGAGCAGCAAUCCUCCUAUCUGUAGUUUGUGUGGUCUUAGUAACAGCUUUCAAUGACUGGAGUAAAGAGAAACAAUUUCGGGGACUGCAGAGCCGUAUUGAACAAGAACAAAAAUUCACAGUCAUCAGAGGUGGCCAAGUCAUCCAAAUACCAGUAGCUGACAUAAUUGUUGGAGAUAUUGCACAAGUGAAAUAUGGUGAUCUUUUACCGGCUGAUGGUGUACUCAUUCAAGGAAAUGACCUCAAAAUUGAUGAAAGCUCACUGACUGGAGAAUCUGAUCAUGUAAAGAAAUCUCUGGACAGAGAUCCUAUGCUGCUGUCAGGUACACAUGUGAUGGAAGGCUCUGGAAGAAUGGUAGUUACUGCUGUAGGUGUGAACUCUCAAACUGGAAUCAUCUUUACCUUACUUGGGGCUGGAGGAGAUGAAGAGGAGAAGGAGAAGGAAAAAGAGAAGAAGGACAAGAAAAGUAAAAAGCAAGAUGGAGCUGUUGAAAACCGUAACAAAGCUAAAGCUCAGGAUGGUGCAGCCAUGGAAAUGCAACCACUGAAGAGUGAGGAUGGUGGGGAUGGAGACGAGAAAGACAAGAAGAGAGCAAAUUUGCCAAAGAAAGAAAAGUCGGUUCUUCAAGGCAAACUUACAAAGCUCGCAGUUCAGAUUGGCAAAGCAGGUUUGUUGAUGUCUGCAAUCACAGUCAUUAUCCUUGUGUUAUAUUUUGUAAUUGAUACCUUCUGGGUUCAGAAGAGACCUUGGCUUGCUGAAUGUACACCAAUUUAUAUUCAGUAUUUUGUGAAGUUCUUCAUUAUUGGAGUUACAGUCUUGGUGGUGGCAGUACCAGAAGGUCUUCCACUUGCAGUCACUAUAUCUCUGGCUUACUCUGUUAAGAAAAUGAUGAAAGAUAAUAACUUGGUGAGACAUCUGGAUGCAUGUGAAACAAUGGGUAACGCAACAGCUAUUUGCUCAGAUAAAACGGGAACAUUGACCAUGAACAGAAUGACAGUGGUCCAAGCCUACAUCAAUGAAAAACAUUAUAAAAAAAUUCCAGAACCAGAAGCUAUUCCAGAAAAAACUAUGGCUUACCUUGUGACAGGAAUUUCUGUUAAUUGUGCUUAUACUUCCAAAAUACUGCCUCCUGAAAAAGAAGGUGGCCUACCACGUCAUGUUGGAAAUAAAACUGAAUGUGCCUUGCUGGGAUUGCUCUUGGAUUUAAAACGUGAUUAUCAGGACGUAAGAAAUGAGAUACCAGAAGAGGAUUUGUACAAAGUGUACACCUUCAACUCUGUUAGAAAAUCUAUGAGUACCGUGUUAAAAAACUCUGAUGGCAGUUUCCGGAUAUUCAGUAAAGGUGCCUCUGAGAUAGUUCUUAAAAAGUGCUUCAAAAUACUGAGUGCUAAUGGAGAACCAAAGGUAUUUAGACCUAGGGACCGCGAUGAUAUCGUGAAAACUGUAAUUGAGCCAAUGGCUUCUGAAGGGCUCAGAACCAUCUGCCUGGCGUUCAGAGACUUCCCAGCAGGGGAACCUGAGCCGGAAUGGGACAAUGAAAAUGAUAUUGUUACUGGUCUGACGUGCAUUGCUGUUGUUGGGAUUGAAGAUCCUGUGAGACCUGAGGUACCUGAUGCAAUAAAAAAGUGUCAACGUGCAGGCAUAACUGUACGUAUGGUCACUGGCGAUAACAUUAACACUGCUCGUGCUAUUGCAUUAAAAUGUGGUAUUCUGAAUCCUGGUGAAGACUUCCUGUGUUUAGAGGGCAAAGACUUUAACAGGAGAAUACGCAAUGAAAAAGGAGAGAUAGAGCAAGAGCGAAUAGAUAAAAUUUGGCCAAAGCUUCGUGUUCUUGCAAGAUCUUCUCCCACUGACAAACACACUCUAGUAAAAGGUAUAAUUGACAGCACUGUCUUUGAACAGAGGCAAGUUGUAGCAGUAACUGGUGAUGGUACCAAUGACGGUCCAGCUCUGAAGAAGGCAGAUGUUGGAUUUGCUAUGGGUAUUGCUGGAACAGACGUAGCUAAAGAAGCUUCUGAUAUUAUCCUUACAGACGACAACUUCACAAGUAUUGUUAAAGCAGUUAUGUGGGGACGAAAUGUGUAUGACAGCAUCUCCAAAUUUCUUCAGUUCCAGCUUACUGUCAAUGUAGUAGCAGUAAUUGUUGCUUUUACAGGAGCAUGCAUAACACAAGAUUCUCCGCUUAAAGCUGUGCAGAUGCUGUGGGUAAAUCUCAUAAUGGACACAUUAGCUUCUCUUGCCCUGGCAACAGAACCACCCACUGAAGCUCUUCUGUUGCGAAAGCCUUAUGGUAGAAACAAACCUUUGAUUUCUCGUACAAUGAUGAAGAACAUUCUGGGUCAUGCAUUCUACCAACUCGUAGUGGUCUUCACGCUCCUGUUUGCUGGUGAGAAAAUUUUUGAUAUCGAUAGUGGAAGAAAUGCACCUCUGCAUGCUCCUCCUUCAGAGCAUUAUACUAUUGUAUUUAACACAUUUGUGAUGAUGCAGCUUUUUAAUGAAAUUAAUGCCCGAAAAAUUCACGGUGAAAGAAACGUUUUUGAAGGAAUCUUUAACAACGCUAUCUUCUGUUCUAUUGUUCUGGGGACAUUUGUUGUGCAGAUAAUUAUUGUGCAGUUUGGUGGGAAGCCUUUCAGUUGCUCAGAACUCUCGAUUGAACAGUGGCUGUGGUCCAUUUUCCUGGGCAUGGGAACACUACUCUGGGGCCAGUUGAUUUCAACAAUUCCAACCAGCCGUCUGAAAUUCCUUAAAGAAGCUGGUCAUGGAACACAAAAGGAAGAGAUUCCUGAAGAAGAACUAGCAGAAGAUGUAGAGGAGAUUGAUCAUGCUGAGAGAGAAUUACGUCGUGGUCAGAUCUUGUGGUUUAGGGGCCUAAACAGGAUACAAACUCAGAUGGAUGUAGUGAAUGCUUUCCAGAGUGGAAGUACCAUUCAGGGGGCUCUAAGGCGGCAACCCUCCAUCGCCAGCCAGCACCAUGAUGUAACAAAUAUUUCUACCCCUACACAUGUAGUGUUUUCCUCUACUACUGCUUCUACUACUGUGGGGUAUCCGAGUGGUGAAUGCAUUUCGUAGCUCCUUGUACGAGGGGCUAGAGAAACCUGAGACACGAAGUUCAAUUCACAAUUUUAUGACGCAUCCUGAGUUUAGAAUAGAAGACUCCGAGCCUCAUAUUCCCCUUAUUGAUGAUACUGAUGCUGAAGACGAUGCUCCAACAAAACGCAACUCUACUCCCCCACCCUCUCCUAAUAAAAAUAACAAUGCGGUUGACAGUGGAAUUCACCUUACAACAGACAUGAACAAGUCUGCUACCUCUUCAUCCCCAGGGAGCCCGCUACAUAGUUUGGAAACAUCACUCUGAUUGUAAGCUGAAUGUUAACACACUAGCUGCAUUGUAAAGAAAUUGAAACUGGGUCUCUUCACACAUUAUGAUGGACAAGAUGAUAUUCUUGUCUUGGACUUCAACAGAAGACACACUUGUACGAAUGUAGAUUUAUUUUUUUAAAAAAAAAAAGCUUUCUGCCAGACUGGAGGGUGCUUUUCUGGGGGUGGGAGUAAUAAUGAACUCUGACAGAUAAACAGUAACUCAGCAUAAGUGACCUGUGGAUCAUCUGUUGUACUUAAGAAUGGUCCUGAACAGUGUGUUAGCAGAGCUUUAGUUUAUCAUGAUCCUUUUCUGAGGGGAAGGCUGGGAAGGGCAAGGAGGCCCUGGAUCGUUGAAUUGAUACUUUAAUUUCUGCUGUUGGCUGUUAAUAAUUUGGAUUAUUUAUGUUUAUAAAUGAUACAGAUCUGUUUACAAGGUUUGUAGAUACUUUUUUUGUUCCUGUUCAUAGAUGGGAAGCUUCCUUAUAAAUGAUGCAGAGAAAAAAAAAAAAACAAAAAAACAAAAAAACUAGUCCUUCAAAUACUGCUGUAUUUUCAGGAAAAGGGUGUUUCUAUUGAAACUGUACUAAAUUUUGCCUGCAAUUUACCUUGUUAAAUAUUGUAGAUAAAUUGCUAAUACUAAUAGCCAAAUAGAUAACACUAAUGCUUUGUAAAAACAUGAGCAGUGGUGUUCUAAUGAAGUUAUGGCCUCUGUCCUAAUUAGUUUCUUAAAUACAUUUACUACUUAAUGGUUUUGAAACAACUGUUUAAUUUUUAAAAAUUUUGAGAAACUUACUGAAUAACUUUUGUUCAGAACUUAGUAGGAUUGUUUAAUGCAGGACAUCAAUAUGUGAUGGAACUUGCUUGAAAUAUUUCUGUUAUCUCGGGCAAAAUGGAUUAAAUCAAAAUACAUCAGAAUCUUAGUCCUUUGUUUUUGUCUGAACAUGUUAGUUUAGUGCUGUCUUGGUGAACUGUGAGUGGAACUGUGAUUUUUUUUUUUUUUUUUUUCUUUUUUCUAAUCUAUAGAAUCCUUCAUGCAGCAUGAGGGCUGUUGGCAUUUUGAAAGGUUGUUAGUGGGUAGCAUACAUGUUCUCCUUUUUGUUUUUGAAACUUGUUUGUAAACAUGAAUAAAUCUGCCCUUUUGUUAAAAUAAAAUUGCAGCAAUGGUUUCUUACAGAUUUUUUUUCUCAGCUCCUUCACUGGAAACACUGAAAAGUACUCUUUUGUAUUACUGGUUAAUGUCAAACUGCAAUUUCAAGAUGGUAACAGCCCCACUAAAAAUAGUACUUUGGGUAAAUGGAAUCAUGGUGGCUGCCUCCAGAAUGAAUGUAAGCUAAGGUAUUCAAAAGUCUUCACUGAGCCAAAAGGAUACUCCUUGGGAAUGAAUAGGUCUGCCUGAAAUUCCAAGACUUACUGUGAGUACUGCGUAAUAAAUGUCUCCCUGACCACUUAAGUGAGGGGAAACUGAGAACUGACAUACAGCACGGGUGAAAAUACAUUUUUCAGUUGAUUAAUAUCUUAUGUACCAAAACUGACCUGCUAGCGAUUGACUGAAGAAGUUAUGGUCUGCCUCAACUGUAUUGUUUAAACAGUGAAGGAUGAUGGAACAGUACUUGAUCUGGUACUUCCUCAUGUUUUCUAGGUCCAAUACUGCUUAGAAGAGCAACCGAAGAGAUGAGUUGUGAACUCUUUUUUUUCCCUUUCUUUUUCCAGCUCUGUGUUUGUUAAAAUAGCGAGUGAAUUUUUUUUUGCCAAAUAGUCCAGAAUUUUGGAGAUUUUUAAAGGGGCCCGUUCAAAGGAGUGCAAGAAUUAAGUUGGUAAUGAGGGAGGAGAUAAUGCUAGAGGAAACUGCCGAAAUGAGCAGGUCGGGAAGCUCAAGCGUAUCUUUGCCUUGUGGGAUACAUGCAUGCUUGGGUUUGUCCUUUAGCAGCUAAUGUUCAACCUGUAGCACUGUAUCCCACUGUCAACCACUCCUGAAUUCAGUCUUUUCUAUUGUACCGAAGUAAAUACACCGAAUUCUAGGCAAGGGGGGUUUGCACUUGACACUUUGUACAGUAAUUUCUCCCACAUGUUUCUAGCACUUUCCUUAUGUGAUAGUUCUUACCUAGAGUGCUUGGUAGGGGGAUCAGUUUUUAUGUAAGCUGGUUUCUCCCUACUACAAAAGUCAGAUAAGCAUUGGCUUAAAAUGAGGAGUGUUUCUUUACCCAUGAAGUACACUGCCACCUAAGAAAGUAUCUUCAUUAAUGCACCAUAAUUUGAUUUCAUUUGAAAACAGAUUUUAAUUUUUUCCCCUCUCUUCUAACUGUGAUCAUGACUGCGUGUUACCUUUUUUUGGAAUAAAGUCUACACUUAAGCCUUUUGAGGAGGGGUUGGGAGGGUGAAUGUAGACUUUGUACAUCAGUGGACCCUCUUGAUUCUGUUAACAUCAGUGUGCUGUUCUUACAGGAAAUUUCCUUACAGAAAUAAGGAAAAGUUGUUUAAGAGGGGGGUAUGCUUUCUUUGUGAUCUCAAGAAAUCAUAACAUGUUGCCUAGAUUAUGAAAUGGUUAUCAGUAAGCUCAUGAGGCCUUCAUUGCCUUUCUGGUUGUAAGGUUUACUUGUCUUUCUUCUUGUAACUGAAAUAAAUAAAAGUGCUGUUCAUCUCA